UUGUCAUCUUCCGCUAUUCAUCUUUGCGCCUCAAAAGGCUUAUCUCUCUCUCUCUCAGGGUUUCCCGACUCCAGCUGCUCGACGGCCGCCCAAUCCCCCGUCCUCCGACUCCGGUCGGCACCGGAAGCCUCUUCCGGUCCCGAACCCUUCCGGUAACUCGCGGCAUAACUUUCGGUUGUCAUCUCAAGAAGAUCUUUCCUACGAUGUGAAUGGUUGGCCAUAAUUUGGAACAUGAAGAGCAUAAAUUUUGGUGGAGGACUCAGUAUUUCUUCAGUAUUCUUCACCUAUGGCUUGCAUUACUUACAAACUCCACGUCCAUCCAAGUUGUCGACUAUUCAUAUUGCUAUCUUGAGGAAUGCACCUCAUGCAUUGAUGGCUUUUUGUUCCAAUCCAAAAGAUCUUCAUGGGGGAACUUUGCAACUAAUGUUUGAUGGAUCACCAUCUGGAAUCAGUUCUUCAUUCUUGGAUUUAGGUUUCGUGACCGAGCAGUGUGAGCAUAAGAAUAUCACACGAAAUGAAAUUCAGUUUCAUGAAUUUGAUGGUGAGCAAUCUGAGAAAACUGAUGGUGCUUGUAAAAGUGCUCAAGAGGUUUCUGACAGGGAAAUCCAGAGAAGGCAAAAGAUUGGAGCAGCAAACAGAGGCAAGAUACCUUGGAACAAAGGAAGGAAACAUAGUGAAGAGACUCGAGAGCGCAUCAAGAAAAGAACUAUAGAGGCCUUAAGUGAUCCCAAGGUCAGGAAGAAGAUGUCUGAAAGUCCUCGUUCGCAUAGUGAUCAGAGUAAGUCUAAAAUAAGUGCUUCUCUGACAAAGAUUUGGGAAGAACGUCUGAAACAGAAAAGGCUGCAAGAGAAAUGCUAUUUGUUUUGGGCCAGAACUAUUGCGGAGGCAGCAAAAAUAGGCAGUCUUGAUCAAGAGAAAUUGGAGUGGGACAGCUAUGAGAAAAUGAAGGCUGAUAUGGUAUCUGAACAAAUAAAAUUAAAAGAAGAAAAAGCAAGGGCCAAAGAAAUUGCAAAGCUAAGAGCAGAAAGUGUUGCAAAAGAUAAGGCCGAAAAAGUUGCAAAGCUUGCUGAGCAGAGGAAAUUACAGAAGGAGAAGGCUAAGGCUAGAAAGUUAGAGGCAUUGUCUCGGAAAAAAUCUGUUGAUGAGAGAAAGAAGACAGAGCUGUCUAAGGGUUUAAAACUUAAGGCAAUAUUGACUAAGUUCCACCAUCGUAAGAGACAGUUGGAGACUCUUCAAACAGAGAUAGUAGCUAAACCUGGGCCAGACUUGACAUUGGAUAUAGAACUGGUUAAGAAUGAGAGAAUGCAAAGAAGAAUCUCACUUGCUGAUCAAAUUAAAGCUGUUAAGAACAAAAAAGCAGAAUUUGCUGUACAAAGAGUUCGAGCAAAUGCAUUGUUGGAUUCUGCAUAUGAACAAAGAGCAGGAGAUCAUUGAUUUCAUGGCAUUUACUGAACACACAAAGAGCGACACAUUAUAUGGGAUGCAGUAGGGCAGAUCAUGAUGUUGGUCAAAGAUCCUACUAGACGACAAAGAAGAUCUUGCUACCAGUGUAAUAUUCUGCAAGGAAAUGGGAUAAAGACUCAAAAGGUCAUUUUUCGGCAGAUGAGAAGCUUGACUUUCUAGAGAUUGUAGAAAGACUUGGGUGGCCUCCUGCUCUAUGAUUUCCUUUUGUUCGCGAAACAGCAAUGUAAUCCUUUGGAUCACAAGUUGUUCAAAUUCUUUUCAGAGGUGCAAUAUUUCUUAUUCGUAGGAAGGAGAAUGUUGGAACAAGGAGAGGCUUUACCGUGCAAGCUAGGAAGGACUGAACAGGAUUGUAGUGGAGGUCGAUGCAGAGAAUUCCAAAUCCUGAACAAAAGAUGACUCCACCAUAGCGAUGCUAAAUCUAAUUAGGGAUAUGAUGUACAUGUUGGGAUAUAUAUACCAACUGGUUUGUAGAUUUUGUUAGAACUUCAGCAAACAAAAAGGGGAAAACAAUGGCUUAGGCUAUUCAUCUCUCCUAGGUUUGGAAGAUGCAGAAGUUCUUUUGGAAAACAAAAAGAGUUACCGUCACAUCACACCAACUUGUUCAAAAUUAUAUAAGAAUCUUAAUGUUUGUACAUCUAUCCAUGCAGAUGAUGUAGCAAUAAUGCCGAAUAUUCUUGAGUUUGCUGC